AAGAGGGUAUAUGAAUGAGGGUAUAUGUUUUAGUUGAACUCGUGAUUAAAAUUGUGGAAGAAACAAACAAUUUUAUGUUUUAAAUCAACAAUCGACAUGAAAAUCCGAUCAUCGAGGUCGUUAGAAAAUUUCAAUAGUGGAGUCGUUACAUGCAAGUGGGACAUAAAUCGGUUAGAUCUGGCGUCCGUGUACAUAACCUUUCAUAAUUGCUCGUAUCAUCCGUUUAUCGGGCUUUUUGUCUCAAAUUCGGAUUUCACCAACUAAGUUGACGGUAAAUUACAAGAAGUGAGAAUUUAAUGUGAAUUAAAUGUGUGUUAAGUGUUUGACAGAUAUUUGUGAUAUAAUCGUUUUGAAGGAAUAGUGGCGCUAAAAAAGAAGCAUCAGUGGGGUGAUGACAAAAAACCGUUCAAAACACAUGGAAAUAGAAACGCAAUUUUUUCUGUUAAAUAAUAAGCUAUAUGCAUCAUUCUGCAAAGUUAUCAGUUUAUAUGAAACUACUCGAAAACACCAGGUUCAAUUGUACGAAUCGUGAUUUUUUUUCAUAACCUAAAAUGUCGGAAACCUCACAUCCAUCUCGCGAUCCAAAAAAUCUCAGCGAACCAUUCGCAGUCAUCGAAUUUCUCGAGAAAAACGAAAAAGGGCUACCAUGCAUUGAUUUGGUGCCGAAAAAAUGGUUUAAUAGUGCAGAAGAAGACACCUGUAAAUUCCCACCGACAACUGAAUAUCAUCUACUUGACGACUACUUGGAAAAAUUGCACUCGCCCAAGGACUCUUGGCAAAGUUAUCCAUUUUGCUUCAUCACCGGAGCAGCUGAUUUGGAUCAGGGUCGCAGAAGAUUAAAAAAGGCCCAAGUAACUCUCAACUGUGAGACAACCGAUGGUGAAAAUGAUCGAAAGGGGGGGAGGUCCGAAACUUCCUCGAAAGCAAAAAUUUCAGCAAAACCCUUAACUGCAUCAAAGUCUCAACUAAACAACAUCUUUAGUACUAAAAUCCCGAUUCCACCUAGAAAUCAAACUCCAAAGUCUGGUAUACAAGCAAAACCAAAGACAAGAUUUCAAAGCAUUUACCAGAGUGGAUCUGACUCUGAAGACGAAAAUCAUGAUUGUCUUAUAGCUAAUCCUGAGGAGAUUCGAGCCUCAAAGGCUCAAAAUAAUUCUGGCUUUUUGCAAAUGUCGAGUAAAUCGCGAUCUGUACCAACAGGUGCAUGUUUAUCAUUUAAACAGCGGUCAAGGAAGAAUAUUACUUUGCUUAAAGACGUCGAAACUGAUGAAUCUGAGAGCAAUGAUUCCUCCGAUGGAAUUCUGCAGUCACCUACAAAAUCGAUGGACUCAGCGAGAAAUACAAGAAAAGAACUUCAUUUGACACCUCCUUCACCACUAGUCCAUAACGCUUCAGGUAACCGAAAAAGGCGUGCAUCGUCUACUACACGCGCUGAAGACGGAUUGAAUUCGAUUGUGAGCCCAGGAACUCCAAAAACUUCACGAUCAAUGAUGGUACCCCCUGCUAAGAUGCCAAAAAUGCUGGGACCACAAAACCAGUUGUCAUCUAGUCAUUAUGCUGAUAAUGAACGUCGAAUCCUGAACUCCCUUCGAGAUUACUUUGAUCAGCAAUUAGAUGAAAAGCUCGAAAAUUUAAGACGCAGGAUGGCUUACGAUUUAAAGCAGUCUAUGAAUGAGCUCAAGACCACAAUCAUUGGCACUAAUCUAGCCCCAGCUUCUGGUCCUAGCUUGCUUGAAAUACAGAAGCAGAUGUCUACGCCACUACUAUUUGAAAUGGAUGAUAAGUUCCAGGAAUACGAAGCGAUAUUGACAACGGACCCAAAUCUCGUAGAAACACUGCGAUUAUUCAUGAGAGUUUUGAUAAGCAAUAAAAAAGAGAUGAAAAUAUGUGUUUCCACUAUCCUAUCUGCGGUUCUGAGGAAGACAGUGUCACUGCACUAUUCUGGUUACGGAAAGGAAGCUGGCGGAAAGAAAAAGAAAAAUUUUUAUAACACUACAGUAUGCAAAGUACUGAUUGAUGUGAUAAUUGAGGUAAUAGGAUCCAGCACUGAUGAGAAGAAGAUAAUGUCAGAAGUAAGUACUUGGUUGUCACGUUCUGGCGAUCGAGAGGGUGGGCGUAAGGAACGACAACGCGGGUCAAGUCAUCAUAACGAGAAUAAUUCAGUUUGUUCCUUUGAUACCAAUCGAUAAUACUUCAUUUUUCCGGGAUAAAUGGAAUUGUAAAAUCACUGUGUUAAUAUGACUCCAUUAGUUCAUUUUCGUAAUUGUAUUAGUUGUGAUAUUCUUGAUAAAAGGUACGAUUAAUAGGAAAAGUUUAUAUUAUCAAUAUAUUUUUAUCGCGAGGCGUUU